CCCCGCGGACCAGGAAACAACGCUGCUGAUAGUAGUCGUCUACAGAAAGGAACGAACACGUCCGAAAAGUAGUCACGGACCGUACAUCGUCGACCACGCGGCACACGUGAGCGGAACGAAGACGAACCGCUACCGAGCGCGACCGAACGCCAACGAGUCGCCACGAUCGUCUCUCUCGGGGUAUCCUGGCUCACCGCUGAUUGGCCGAAACCUCGAGGAAGUGGUCACCGUCGACGAGGGCUCGGACCACAUCGCCACGUGAGUUCAGCGCCGUAUCGCGAACCAGGAUAUCGCGCGCGCCUUUUCACCCGAUCCUGCAGCUGCAUUUUGCCGAGCACCCACCAACGUCAGCUUUCCGAGCUCAGACAACAGGAUCGCUUCGAACGAUCUUCGAGUCAACUUUGCCGCGGUGUUCUCGAAUCGACAUCGCGGACGACGAUUACCUACGGAAUUGUUUCUCCUUGUAACAUCGCGAAUCGGUGGUCUUCGCUGACCACGAUCGGGAGUAUCGCACGUUUAUGAAAAUUAAACGACGAUGUUGUCCCGGUCGAUCGGACGGUGUUCAAACGAAACUCGUAAAAAUCGAGUGACAAGUGAAUAGAACGAGACACUGGAUCGUUUCGAAUGCACUGGCUGUAGAACAGGCGUACGACGAGAUCCUUAAAAACCGGAACGUCAACCAUAAUACCAGGUCUGCUCGGCCCUGAACCGGAAUCGAUCUACGUCAUCGUAGUCAUCACGUGGUGAUCCUGACCUAGGCCAAUGUCUUUACCCCAUAUGACGUUGCGCCUUUCAGUCGGUGUCAUCUAGACACGCAGAUGCUACUUCCCUUCUAAAUAUAAAAGCAUGCUCGACUCGUGGGCGAAAGUAUUCGACCAUGGAAACGACGAAUAAUCCGCGGAGCCGCGUUGACGAACGGCAAGGAUCAUCGGACCAGUCUCGAAUUCGAUUUUUCUCGCGAAGUUGAAUCUUACGCGUCGAAUUUAACGUCGUAGUUCGCGACGUACUGUCUUCUAUCGACACAAAGGAGAAAGUUGGUGUCUUCGAGUGUUAUAAAUAGAAGUGAACAGUGAAUAAAACUUGCCGGUCAAGGAAAAUCUCUUUUCUCUCGAAUUUCUGGCCGUUGAUCGCCGAAGAUUUCUGCAGCGAAACUAUCGUUCCCAAAUUUGAACGUGAUCCACGGAGUUCGAUGACUUUGCGUACAAAAAGUGUAUACUAUUGUUUCGCUCGUUCCUUUAUUAUCGUCAUUUUUACAUUUUUUCGAAACAUAUAUAUGGUAAAUGUUAUGUAACGAACACGCGGUGAAACUCGUAGAUUAAUUCCGUGAUUGUUUACGGUUUAACGGUAACGAUAUAAGUAAGAAAAAGUUGUUUAUCGGUCGACGAGAACUACGUAAUUCACCGAGAGUCGAUGAUAGAGAUCCUUUUCUUUCUACUUUAGAUGCCUCGCGCGUCUAGUGUGUUUAAUGACAGUUGUAUCUGGUAACGGUACGUGUUUAUAUUAGUCGUGUCGAGGAAGAGAUCAACGAACUAAAUGGUGCGUCGUGAACGAGUCGAAGGGUAAACUCGAAAGGAAUUACAUCGCACAAGGUACACCUCGGAUAGGUUAAUCGAGAGAUUGUCAACGAUGAUUUACACCGGCUGAGGACGGGUGAUUAGGUGAUUCAGCCUGGGGAAUCAACAAAAAAGUUACAAUCUCGUGCAUAUUCCAGAAGACUAAUCACAGACCUAUCGACCCACCUUCGUUCAACAGGAAAUUGUUCUUUCUGAUAUUAACAAAAUUUCUACCUUCCACUCGGAAACGAAGAUCUUCCUCUUUGGCCUGGGUAUAAGGGAGCGGAAGGAGCGUAGAUGAGUUCUACUGUCUGCGUCCUCGGUGGAAGCGUUAGUGGGACAUUAAGGCAGCUUUCAAUUCUUAAAUGGAAGGCUUACAGGGCGAGUUGAACGAUCUACAACAGAAGAAGGAACCACUACUUCUAUGCUGGCGAACUUAUCUGUUUCAGGUCAUGCAAGCGAAAACGGCCCACUUCAAUACCAAAUUUAAAGUUUCUACUUUCCGUUAAACCAGCAACGCUACUGACCAAAGGUACGACCUGGGGUUGUGUCGGGGUAGCUAGCAAAGAAGCAUCUGUCAAAGGUGGAGAACAGAUUAGGACGAGUAGAGAGAGAACGAAGGGGGUGGGGAGUACGACAUACGGUAGGAGAAGAGGAAGAAGAGGAAGUCUAGAGAGUGUAGGCGCAGGCGCCGUAGGUGAUGUGAGGCUGGCGCCCGCCUCACGUUUGGGGUGAUGCCCUCCAGUGAGCCUCAUCCCCCCCAGUACCACCUUCAGCACCACAACAUUCCUCCCUCGCAUCUUCAACAACACACGUCGACCGCGAUCGGGCAACAUCAGCUCUACCAGCAGCUGGUGGCGGCCCAUCAACAGCAGCAUCAACACCAGCAACAGCACCAGCAGAGACAGCAGCAACACGGCGGGCCCUUCCAAAAUUCCACGUACACGCAGCAAAAGCAGGAGAUGAGCCCGGAGGAGGAGGGGGGUCGAGGGGGCGGGUCCCCCCCGGCAGCAGGGGCUGCGUUACAUCAGCCCCAUCACCCCCGGACAGCCAGUCCACCCUCGGGCACAGAACCCUGCACCCGCGAUGCCAUACCGACGCCUACACCGAUCGCGGAUACUACGACAACGACCACCACAACCACUAUGACCAUGCAACCGCAGGGACAUCAACAGCAAACUCAAGAACAACAAGGUCCAAGCCCUAGUCCGAGUCCAACGGGAGGCGAUGUGGAAAAGUUCGACGGGAAGAUUGUCUACAAUCCGGACGGUUCGGCAUACAUUAUCGAGGGGGAGAGCGAACUCAGCGAGGAUGACUCGUUACCUGACGGUUGCAUCGUAGAUGGGCGCGGUGUUUCGGUUCCUCAUUCGCUGGUAUUUCCCCAAAUCGCGAGCGCGUACUACGUUUCGCGACUGUACGCGCAUCAGGCGUAUCAGCAGCAACAGCAGCAGCAACAACAACGUUCGGUGGCGCAGCAGCACAAUCCCGAUCUUCCUGUGAUGCACAGCUAUCGGGUGAUAAGUUACAGGAGCGCGGAGGGUAGCAAACAACCACCACCUCCUCCUGCGGCACCACCACCUCCAGCAACUUCGGUACCCGUAAAACCUAUUCUAAUGUGUUUCAUAUGCAAGCUCAGUUUCGGCUACGCGAAGAGUUUCGUGGCACACGCUCAGGGCGAACAUCAGCUUACCUUGAUGGAAGACGAGCGACAAGUACUCUCACAUUCGACCGCGUCAGCGAUCAUUCAAGCCGUGGGCAGAGGCAAACAACCGUUGGUCAGUUUUCUCGAACCAGUGACGAGUUCCACUUGUCCGCAACCAUCGCCCGCGCAAAUGCAGAACCAACAGCAGCAGCAGCGUACCGAGUCCACCGAUCAUGAAACACCAACCACGACCAGUACGCCUGCCAGCACUCCCGGGGUACCGAGCAGUCCCCAGCAACAACAACAACAGCAACAACCACAGAGGCCGUCACCUAGCACACCCACCACUCCCACUUCCCAUUCGAAUCAUCCUCUCGCGUACAAUCAUCAACAAACGCAGCAGCAUCAAUGGACCGGCGCCCAGGUGAGCGCCGCUUCCUGGGCCAAAGCACCUGACGCUUCCGGCAUACACUACACGUCACCACCGCCACCUGCUUCGUCGACGAAGGGCUCACCGUCGUCGUACGCCGCGCUGACCCAGCAACCACCGAAUUUCCUCACAGGCACGACCAUCGGUGUCUGCCCCGAGCACAUGCAAGGAAGACCGAGCGGAGUCGAAUGCCCCAAAUGCGAACUGAUUCUAGCCAGCAGCAGAUUGGCGGGCCCAGGCGGACCCCUGGCUGGAAUUCACAGUAGAAACUCGUGCAAGACGCUCAAGUGUCCAAAAUGCAAUUGGCACUACAAGUACCAAGAAACUUUGGAAAUCCACAUGAAAGAGAAACAUCCAGAAAGUGAAACCUCCUGCAUCUACUGCAUCGCCGGACAACCACAUCCUAGGUUAGCACGUGGCGAGACUUACACUUGCGGUUACAAGCCCUACAGAUGCGAAGUGUGUAACUAUUCUACCACGACCAAGGGCAAUCUAAGUAUUCAUAUGCAAAGCGAUAAACAUUUGAAUAACAUGCAGGAGCUUCAGCAGGGCGGCGGCGGUGGCUCGGCUGCGAACAAUCCCUCGUCUUCGCAGGACGCACCGAUGCCAACGAGAAGCCCGCAUCAUCAACAGAACCACAGUCCGCACGUCGCUGGCCAGGCCGGAAAUCAAGGGAAACCGAAGCCAACAUUUCGCUGUGACGUCUGUAACUACGAAACAAAUGUCGCACGGAACCUAAGGAUACACAUGACUAGCGAGAAGCAUACGCACAAUAUGCUGGUCCUGCAGCAGAACGUGAAGCACAUGCAGACCCUGUCCGCGCUCCAGUCCCACCACCAACAGGCACAACAUCACCAUCAACAAGCGCAACAGCAACAUCAACAGCAACUCGAGCAGCUACUUCAUUUGGGUGGCCUGGAUAAGCCUCAGCACGCGGAGGCGGCUCUCGCGGACAUGGCUUACAAUCAGGCUUUGCUAAUCCAGAUGAUGACGGGUGGUCAAUUGCCACCGCAGCUUCCACCAGAAAUUAUGGGUGGCAUGGCUAACAUGGGAGCCAUGGGUAACCUGGGUGGUGACGUUGGUCUGUCACCAGACAGCAUGGAUCCACCACCCGAACCGGCUGAUCCUGAUCCUUCUCAUCUGUAUCAUUGCUGCGUGUGCAACAAUUUCGCCACUGAUUCCUUGGAAGCUCUUGGCCACCAUUUAGCAGUGGACAGAACGAGAACACGAGAGGGAGAAAUCCUCGCUCUUGUAGCUGGCCACUUUGUUUGCAAACUCUGUUCCUACAAAACUAACCUGAAGGCUAACUUCCAAUUGCACUGCAAGACAGACAAGCAUCUCCAACGUUUACAGCAUGUAAACCAUGUGAAAGAGGGCGGGCUUCGAAACGAAUGGAAGUUGAAGUACCUGGCCUCGCCCACGAGCGCCGCGCAAUUACGUUGUCACGCGUGCGACUAUUACACGAACAGCGCUCACAAAUUGGCCCUGCAUGCCGCGUCACCCAGGCACGAGGCUGCAGCCCUACUUCUUCGUCACCUGAUCGAUGCCAGUGCCAACGUACCAUCCCAAGCGAAGUUGUACCAUUGCGCUUUGUGUGGCUUCAGCGCGAGGCACAGAUUGCCUCUGUUGCAACAUGUUCGAUCGCUCAGACAUCUUCAAAUGGAGCAGUUGCAUCAACUUCACAGACGAAGUGGUAUUCAAGGGAACGAGACACUGCACACUGAUAUCGGGGAUGUUUUCCAAGUUAUGAGCGACCCGGAUGCUCCACCUGCCCAACAACCCAGUCCCACCAUGCCAACCACACCGAAUGCUACCAGUGCCAACAAUGAACGACGAGAAGAAGGUAGCGACUGCGGCAGCGAGGUGAAGCAGGAGCCGGAUAACGAUCAGGAGCCGGAACAAGAGCCGGAGAACGAGCACGAGGAAGUCACCUGCCCAUAUUGCACUUAUCAGCCAACGUCGCGCGAAGAAUUGAGGCAACAUUUGCAAGUGGCUCAUGUUCAGGAUGCCGAGGACAAAACGGAGGCCGUAAAGGAAGAGCCGCCGCCGGAAUUGUUGUGCCCACUUUGCCAAGACAUUUUCAAAGAACGUUCCGCGCUCGAGAAGCACGUGAUGCAAAUACACUCGGUUAACGCGGACGGCUUACAACGACUGCUGUUACUGGUGGACCAGAGCCAUUGGCUGAACAACAAUCCGCGAAACACUUCGACUCCAGCCGUAACUAUACCGACUUCGCCGACUACCACCACGAAACAGCCGCAAGAGGAGGAUUUGAGCGAACGUGGAACCAACGAGGAAAUCGAGGAGCUCACCAGAUGCACCGUAUGCGGACGCGUGUGCCGCUCGUUGGAGGAACUACAGCAACAUCACAGAGAGACUCAUCCAGCCACUACACCCACACUCGCCGUCAGCGAAAAACACGUUUACAAGUAUCGAUGCGGACAGUGUAGUCUUGCGUUCAAGACUCUGGAAAAGCUGCAACAGCACUCACAGUAUCACGCGAUUCGGGAUGCGACAAAAUGCGCCCUCUGUGGACGAUCGUUUCGUUCGGUCCAGGCUCUACAAAGACACCUGGAAUCAGCUCAUGCGGAUCUGCAUGAAGACGAACUUGUACAGUAUAAACAAAGCCUGCUGCACGCUCAUCCGUUGCUUCAAGCGCUCACGGAGGAAGCUCUUCGCAGGCAGGGUAAUUUGGUUGGAGAACAGAAUAUCGAAGAUGAUGCCAGCAAGGCAGAGGAGGAAGAGAGUGACGCGAGUGACUCCUCACCAUUACACAAAGAGCAGCGUCUUUUAGAAGAUUAUUUGAAUAGUCAAACAGUGGCCGAGGACUCGUAUCACGAUCCGGGGAGAAAGUUCAAGUGUCAUCGCUGUAAAGUCGCGUUUACCAGGCAGAGUUACUUGACUGGACACAACAAGACGCUGCUGCACCGCAAGGGAGAAAAGAUGUCUUAUCCUAUGGAGAAAUAUUUGGAUCCUAACAGACCGUAUAAGUGCGACGUUUGUAAGGAGAGUUUCACCCAGAAGAAUAUUCUGUUAGUUCAUUACAACAGCGUGAGCCAUUUGCAUAAGUUGAAGAGAGCAAUGCAAGAGCAGGGUAACAACAACACACUAAUCUCUGUGGUACCGCCUGCGAGUCCUACGGAAUCUCCUGAUUCUCAGCAAGAUCAGGACAAGAAACCUUACAAGUGCAACAUUUGCAAAGUAGCUUAUUCUCAAGGCAGUACUUUGGACAUUCACAUGAGGAGCGUACUGCACCAGACUAGAGCCAGUAAAUUGCCAGAUCUCGCUGCCAGUGGUCAGUUGGAUCUUGCACGUCCAUUGAUCGAACAGCCUCCGCCAAGCAGCCCAAACAGUCCACCAGUUAACACCAGUACCUCUGGAAACAGCGGAACAAUGUUGUCAUGCCCUCGAUGCAGUGCUCUUUUUGUCAACCAGGAGCAGCUUGCCACUCACCAACAACUCUACUGCAUAUUUAGCAGUCCAUUAGCGUUGUUUCAACUAGCAGCAUCUCAACAGCUCGCAUCAUCCACACCAGCGAAAACUCCACCUCCUUCAUCUACAACACCUGGUCCACAACAACACAUGCAGCAGAGUACACAUUCUUCGCAAACAACGCAAGAUAUUUUGUCUCAGCCUCGUCACAAGACGUCGCAAAUGUACAAGCAUCUUCUAGAAAGUUUUGGUUUCGAUCUAGUGAUGCAAUUCAAUGAAAACCACCAAAGACGUCAGCGUAAAGAAGAAGAGGCUGCUGCGGCGCUCCAAGCUCAGCAAGAACAACAGAAGCAGGAACAACAGAAACAGGCCCUAGCUGCUCAAGCUGCUCGUGAAAGAGAGGAAGAAGUUGAAGAACAAACUGAUGAUGACGUUAUACCAGAACUGACUAGAAGCACCUGUCAGCAUUGCAACAAGGAAUUUAGUAGCGUUUGGGUGUUGAAAGCUCAUUGCGAAGAAGUACACCGUGAUCUGGUGCCUCGUGAAUUCUUAGAGAAAUAUGCUCAGCAAUUUAAAUGUGAAUACGAGAAAAAAAGCGUUGUAGUGACUGUUGCAACGUCUUCUUCUACGUCGUCCGGACCUAGAAGCUCGACACCAGCUUCUAGCCAGCCGCAAGAUCUCUCCUCGGAUAAAGAACAACGUGAAAAGGAGAAAGAGGAGAUUAAUGAGAACAAAGAUCGUGUCAGUAAGACUCCAGAGGCUACUUCUACUACUCCAGCAACGACUCCAGCGUUAAGCAACACGCCAGUAUCGAGUACAGAUUCUACGACUCCAAGUGUGCUUCCGACCAAUGCUCAACACCAUAUUCAACAACAACAGCAGCAACAGCAGCAACAACAACAGCAACAGCAGCAGCAGCAACAACAACAACAACAACAGCAUGCACAAUUGACUCUUGCGCAACAGAUGACCGAAAUGCAGGCUGCUUUAAACGCAAUGGCUGCAUCUCAACUGCAGCAGCACUUCCAACAGUAUCCCGGAUUGGUGAUGGGUAUGAUGGGUUUACCGCUUGGAAUACCGGCUUUGGCUGCUAUGAAUUUACAACCACCUUUGGUACCGAUGAUGCUACCACCACCGCCGUACGAUGGAACGGCUACCGGAUAUCCGCCUAUCAAUGCUCAAGCUGAACUCCUAACCAAGCAACAUCUCGCCUUGCAACAACAGCAAGUAGCAGCCGCAAACGCGGCUGCCUCGCAGAAACGAGCGCGAACGCGCAUAACCGACGAACAGCUAAAGAUAUUACGAGCGCAUUUCGACAUCAACAAUUCUCCCGGCGAGGAACAGAUUCUCGAUAUGGCGGCCCAAAGCGGGUUACCGCCGAAAGUGAUCAAACACUGGUUUAGGAACACACUGUUCAAAGAGCGACAACGUAACAAGGACAGCCCGUACAAUUUCAACAAUCCGCCUAGCACUACUCUGAAUCUCGAAGAAUACGAAAAAACCGGAGAGGCAAAAGUGACACCGUUGAACUCUAGCGUAUCUGGAAGCAGUUCCUCGGAUGACAAAAGUCCAAACAAGCAAGCAACACCGCCACCGUCGACCACGAGCGUGAAUACAUCUCAGGCCAGUGAAAUAAAACAAGAGAUUCAAGAACAGCCGCAGUGUCACGUGCAGCAGCAAUCGCAGCAUCAAGAAGAACAGCAGCAUCAUUCUCCUGGAAGCUCCGGUGGACAAGAGUCGAGACCGCAUUCACCGGCGCUCAGCAUGAGCUCGGUGUUUUCUGGAAUUCAUCACGAUGUGUCAUCGCACGCUUCAUCGACAACCAACGCUCCGAGCACUCCCAUGCUCCCGCCGAAGUUGACACCACAAAACUUUGCCAGCCCCAAUCCCGGAGCUGGUAGCGUCGUUACAGGCGCCAUUGCGCCUAUGGCACUAACGCCCCAGAGAUCUCUGAGUCCUGGCCGUGGACCAACCGACUACUCCUUCGGUGGAAACACCAACGGCAGCAACUCAUCGGGUAGCAGCUCCGGGAAACGAGCUAACAGAACAAGAUUCACAGAUUACCAGAUCAAAGUGCUUCAGGAAUUCUUCGACAAAAACGCGUACCCAAAGGACGACGAUUUGGAAUAUCUGAGCAGGCUGCUUAUACUGAGUCCGCGCGUGAUCGUGGUAUGGUUCCAAAACGCUAGACAGAAAGCACGAAAAGUGUACGAAAAUCAGCCAGCCGCUGAACCAGUAACAACGGGCAGCCGCGAGGGCGACGACAAUUCAGGCCGCUUCCAGCGGACCCCAGGCUUGAAUUACCAAUGCAGGAAGUGUUUGCUGGUGUUUCAGAGAUACUACGAGCUCAUACGUCAUCAGAAGACGCACUGCUUCAAGGAGGAGGACGCGAAGAGGAGCGCCCAAGCGCAGGCGGCCGCGGCCCAAGUUGCCGCGGUUCUCAGUUCCGAAGAUAGCAACAGCAGUUCCACCACCACCACUGCUAACGCCGUCUCCAGCAACCCAACGAACGCUCCCGCUCUCGCGGAACAGUUGCAGCAACCAUUGAACACCACUACGCCUCCCCACCAUCAGCAUCAGACAACAAUGGGACAGACGCAUCAACAGCCUCAGCAACAGUCGCAGCAGCAACAGCAGCAGCAACAGCAGCAGCAGCAGCAGCAGCAGCAGCAGCAACCAUUGCAGCAACAACAGUCGCAGUCGCAAACCGAGUCGAAGGAAGGUAGCUUUCAGUGCGACAAGUGUAAUUUGAUGUUCGGGCGAUUCGAACUGUGGCGCGAACAUCAGCUGGUACAUAUCAUGAAUCCAUCCCUUUUCCCACCGGCUUAUCCGCCAGACUCACCUUUCGGGAUUCUACAGCAACAAGCACUGAACGCUACCACUGGAGUAGCUACCGAUAGUCCUCAUCCUUUGAUCGCUAUGAUGCAGGACAGAAAGAGAAGGUACGAUGAUUUCGAAGAAGGAACAGGAGGUGACAGUCGCCCGAACUCCGAGCACAACGAGCAGCCGAAAGACAAGCGAUUAAGAACGACGAUACUGCCCGAACAGCUGGAUUACUUGUACCAGAAGUACCAAGUCGAGUCAAAUCCAUCGAGAAAGAUGUUAGAAACGAUCGCCCGUGAGGUCGGUCUGAAAAAACGUGUUGUUCAAGUGUGGUUCCAAAAUACACGGGCUAGGGAACGGAAAGGCCAAUUCCGCGCGCACAGCCAGGUGAUCAACAAACGUUGUCCGUUUUGUCCAGCGCUGUUCAAAGUGAAAUCGGCGUUAGAAUCCCAUCUCAGCAGCAAACACGCCGAUCAAGUUGCGCGCGGCGAAGUGAAUAUCGAUAAUAUCCCCGACGAAGAACUCUCGAUGGAGUCGGCUCCUUCGAAUCCGAGCACGCCGAACAUGAUGCCUCCUCUGUUUCCACCUUUCAACACCGACAUGGAGGCAUCCUUGAAGAAGUAUUACGAGGAGUCGAUGAAACGAUAUAUCAGUGAGUUGCAAGCUCACGCCAGUAACGGUAAACAAGAAACCGCGAACCAUCAGGCAAGCGGUAACAGUGGUGAAUCUCCUUUGGAUCUGAGCAAACCGGUAGACUUGAGUCGCCCGAUGAAACUGAGUCUCGGUGGACUGAGUAAUCUUCUCGAAGAGCAACACGGCGCACAUUUUCGCGGUGGUAGCGAUUGCGGUCCAUUGACCGACCUUUCCGAAAGAAGUAUCUGCGACGACGACAGCAUGAGCGAGACUACAGAAUUCCUUGACGACGAGAGUGGACCGGCGAGUCCAGCCUCGAGCACACAGAGCUCCAGACAGGGACCCGCUUCAGCGGGGACCGGAAGUACCGCGGGCCCGCCGGUUACCGGCACCGGCAGCGGAACGGGCCAGUCCAGCGGCAAAAGAUAUCGCACUCAGAUGUCAGCUACACAGGUGAAGGUGAUGAAAUCGUUGUUCUCGGACUACAAGACGCCUACGAUGGCCGAAUGCGAGAUGCUCGGGCGCGAGAUCGGACUGCCGAAGCGCGUGGUUCAGGUGUGGUUCCAGAACGCCCGCGCGAAGGAGAAGAAAGCUAGACUGGCGGCAGGUUUGCCAGCCGAAGGAUCGGCCGUCCAACCUCAUCGCGGUCCGACAGGGCCCGACGAAUGUAGGCUUUGCUCAGUUCGAUACUCGGCCAAGUCGCCGCUCCAGGAGCACGUAUUCUCACGGCGACACAUCGAAUCGGUGCGUGUCGCCGUCGAGGAAGGUAGCCUCGUGCCGCCAACACCCGGCGCACCGAUCGUUCCUAGUGGCAACAGUGGCACAGCAGGAAUCGGUAGCUCGCCGGUGGUCGGGCCUGGUAACCAGCAAGCCGGCCAGCAGCAGCAAUCGGACGAAAACAUGAUGUACGGAUCCUUGUUCCUCCAUCCUACGGCGAUGUUCCAGCCACAGCAACAGCAACACCCAGGCACCGCAGCGGCUAGCACGGCUACCACCACGGCCGUAGCGGCUCCAGGUUUGAGCGGCAGCAUGCACAGCAGUGGGCUAAUGUCGUUGCACGUGGAAGGGGGCACCCAGGUCCAGGUGCCGCGCUCUUUGAUGCAAGCAUUCCUGCAGCAAGACCCAAACCAUCCAGGCCUUGAAACGGUGCGAUUGCCGACGCCUCCGUGCGGCUCCGAUGAGAACGGGCCGCCACAGCACUGUCGCGAAGUCGAGACGGAACUGUGCCUGGUCUGUCGCCGAUGCGGCCGAGCUUAUCCGCAAGAAUCGACGCUGCUCACUCACCAACGCUCCUGCUAUCUCGGCAAUCAACAGCGUCGCGGUGCGUUGCGCCUCGUUCAAUCUCGUUACGUCUGUUCUCUGUGCGAUGGAAACACCCCGACGAGAACUUACACGACCGUCACCGAAUGGCGGCGUCACGCUGAAACGUUGCAGCAUCGAGCUCGCCUCGAAGCGAACCAAGAACGCCAACAACAGCAACAACAGUUUGGUAACAUCGGCGUGGAAUCCGUGGGACAGUGUGGCGAGGAAGUGCAUCCGCUCACGGACGAGAUGGAGGAUGUGGUGAAUCAAAUCACCCUGUUGGCUGCUCGCGCGGCCGCUGAGAGCACCACGGGCCAGCCACAGGCUAACGAGAGGGCGAACCAGGACAACAAUAACGCUCCCGACGUCAAGAGGCAGAAACUGGUCCAAGAGGUUGCUGCUUUGGCUGGCGCGCGUUAAACGGAGCGUGUCACGUGCGAAAGAAGCGAAUAAUAACAGAGACAGCGGAGAAGAGUCGUCAGGCAGAGGUGCUACCACGGGACGAGCCAUCGAACGUUCGCGAAUCGUCUGGUUCGCAGGCUGACGAUUUCUUCGGGAGGAAAAGAAAAGGAAGAGGAAACCGAGGACGAAGGAAGAAAACGGAGCUGGGAGAGAGUGUUCGAUGGGUGCUCCUCUUCGACGGGGUACUCGAUAACGAAAGCAAACAACGUUCCUAACUGGCUAAAUAAAGGGGAGGGGGUUCCAACCUAGGCAGGAACUGUCGGUGGGGGGAGGGCUUUUUCUUCCGCUCCGGGCACCGGGGAAUCCCCGGCUCCAGAUACUCGCGCGUGGACGGUGGACCAAUCAACGAGGAUGCCGCGUAAUGGACCUCUCUCUUUAUUCUCGUUUUAAUUUCGGGCCGCGCACGGGCCACUGUCGCGCGCGCAAUCACCAAUUUAACUAAUAUUUUUGUUACAAUAUAUGUACACACAUAGCGUGCCACCAAAGCAGCGCGCUCACCAAAGUUCCUUCGAUAGAAAGAAUGGAGAAUGUUUCGGAGUUUUGACGGACACACGUAACGGGACGAGUGAAAACAGAGUAACGUACGACCAAAAGGAUUAUCGGUUUGUUGUUUGAUAAUCGAGAGAGACGUUUGCACGAGUCGAGAAACGAGCGAUUUUCUCGAUGGAUCGUCGUUCUUUUCUUUUCUUUUUUGUGUCUCCUUUUUUUUACGAAGCGACAUCGUCUCUAUCCGUGCGUCGACUGUACGCAUCGGUCGCUUCGUAAGUAGGAUUUUGGGGAUGGAGAUGACGGCGCGGAAACCGCGAGGCGACGAAGAAGCGCGUGGAGGAGAAUAAAUACGCGAGGGAGAGGAAAAGAAUGAGCGUCGACGACGCCGGGAAGACGCGUCGAGGUGGGCUGAUUUAAACGUUCCUAUGUAAAGUAAUAAUAAAGAUUUAAUGAAACAAAUGAAAAAAAAAGUUACUAAAACAAGCGGACAGACAUUAAGGACGCGGCGUAGUAGAAUAGAUGGCGCGGCGUUCGCGAAACUAAUAGCGUCGCGCUCGUUACGAAUACAUACGUACAUAUUCAUCUCUAAGAAAUGAAAAAAAAAAUGAAUCUUCACUCUCUGUCUCUCUCUUUCUCUUUUUACGUGCGUGUGUAUGGGUGGUACUGCGUAAGUAGCGUGUGUCAAGGAGGAUGCGAGAAUCGGAUGAAGCGUCGUUCACCGACGAUGACCACGAAAAAAGAUGAAAGCCUUUCCUUUUAAAAGACACGAAACGGAAGGGAAUCGCGAGAAGAAAGGAAGAUCACCGCGUGUUCCUCUUUUCUUUUUUAAUCGGCAAGAGAUGAACGCGCGAAAGUACGUACAGAGGUCAGAGAGGUUCACGUGUCGGAGGACGAUCGGACGACCUUUUGAGGAAAUCGGUGGCUGGAAGGAUUUUUUCUUCGAAAAAAAAAAAAAACAAAAAAAAAACAAAAAAAAAAAAACAAAAAUGGAGAGAGAACCCACGCGCACACGUGCACACUCACACGCACUCACUCGUGACACGUAUACACGUGCAUACACGCAUACACAAGCCUAGUAAUAUCCAUUCUAUAGUUUCGAGAAACACCCACAGGGCACGGUAACCCCGCGGCUGGGAGGGGUUCUUUUUAAGUACGAUAAAACGCGUAAUAAACGUCGCUACCGGCGCGCGAAUUUUAAAACGUGAGUUCCGUUCAUUUUUCUCUGGCCGUGAGAGCAAAAUGCUCGUAAGGAGAAACGUCGAAUGGAAAGAAGAGUAAAGUUUCGUGGGAGAGAAAGGAGGACGACGACGCGAAACGAAACGAAACGGGGGAGAAAGCGAAAAGAAGAAAUGGGAAGGAAAACGCGAGAGGGCAAGUUGCCCCGGUGCCCGUCGCGAUACGGUUCGCGUUCACGAACAAGCAAAGACCCAGAAACAUGGUUCCUAUAUUUAAUAAAUUAUAUUUAAUAACGCUAAAAAAAACCUAACGAUUAAUGAUUAAUAUUAAUGAUAAUAAUAAACAUAGUAAUAAUAAUGAUAGUAAUAAUGGUAAAUAGUUAUUGCUAUCGAUAGCUGUAAUUGAUUAUCGCUAGUUAAUCGGUCGACGAAACGGUAGCAAAUCGGUCAGCCGCGCCGUAGACCGCGAUCGAGCGCAGUGCUGAUCAAGGCGUGAACUUUUUUUGGUUCUUUCUCGCUGGAAAACCGGAAACGGUGGAUUGCGCGGCGCGUGUGAUGCUUUCGGGGUCGGCCGAAGGAAAGCGCGAAGUUCGCGUACGCGCAAACCGGGUCUCCGUGGUUACGAGAGAAGAAAAAGAAAAGAGAAUUAAACGCGGUUGAAUCGGGUGAACACGGCAUAGCACUGGACACGAUGGAAGAAAAAGAGAGAAAAAAAAUGAAAGAAAGAAAGACAUAAAUAAAAGUCACCUCUCGAUCGACGGACACGGGGUUUUUGUAAAGGUCUGCUCGGGAAUGACAAAGAAUCCACUAUUAGCUCGUAAGUUAACGGUUAAUUACAAUUAAACUGUAGAUUUUAAGGGGAAUAUGGGAGGAUAUGCAUCGGUAGACGACACACGAGACACACUCAUGCAUAGGUAUAUAUAUAUAUAUAUAAAAAAAGGUAUAUAUAUAUAAAUAAAUGAAUAAAAUGGAUGAACAAAAAGUAUAUAUAUAUUUAUGUAGAAAAUUAUAUAAAUAUAUAUAUAUAUAUUAUAUAUAAAUAUAUGAUGUUGUAACGUACUAGAAUCCUCGCGGGUAAUAUCCGAAACGGCCACGUGUAUACGCGCGUACGUACGUCGUGUUUCUCGCGUUUUGUUUAAUUUUCUAAACACGCUUUCGCGCCGAAAUCGAAUACACAUACACACACACAUACACACACACGCAUACACAUGUACACAGAACAGGAAGAAAAGUAAGCGAAUUAUCAAAAAGCCUGAAAACUAACUGGGAAAAUCGUGAAUCGGGGAUAUCGCGAAUGUGGAAAGAAAGCGGGGGUUGUGCCACCGUAUGUGCAAGAGAGAAUGUGAAAAGAGCCUGUUAAGGGUCGCGCUCCGAAUCUUAACCUCAAAAGCGAAAAAAAUUAAAAACCGAGGAGUUAAAACGAAGGUAAAGAGCGUACGACGAAGUAAGAAGAAAACGAAUACAUAUAUAUGUAGUAUAAAGAGGGUACUACCCGGCUACGUGGAAAGUAAAUUAGGAAGAAGAGAGAGGGGUUGAAGGGGAUGUUUAAGGGGAUGAAAGGCGGGCGCAAAACGCGUAGUGGUCGUUAGACGUCGAACGAGACGCAAAGUAAUAACUAUUUGUAAGGUAACUAAGCAACUCGAGGUUCCUGUCUGCAAAAGAUGCUUUUUCUAAUGUAAACGUUGAUAACGACGAUUAUUAAUAUUAUAUUUGAUUAUUACCGACUAUUAUUAUUACGAUUAUUAUUAUUAUGAUUAUUAUUAUUAUUAUUAUUAUAGAUUUACUAUAUUAUAUUUACAUAUAUGUGGUCAUGUAUUUAUUAUUAUCUAUGUAAAAAGUUAUAGCGUUGGGCUAAAACUGAAACGAAUGGACACACGGUAACACGCACACAUGACACACAUAUGACACCUGUUUAGGGACACUUUACACACACGUUUAUAUACACGUAUUUAUACACGCAAAGAGAGACGUACACGUGUAAUUAUUGAAAAAGAAAAAAGAUUCACACGUACAUAUAAACACAUAUACGUAUACACAUAUGAAAAUGGAAAUUCCCAAUUGAUCGCGUUGCUCCGCGGCGAUUCCCUUUUUAGUUAAAUCGUAACACGGAGCAUCGAAACGAAUGGAGAGAAAAGGAAAGAGAAAUGUUCGUAAACGAUACCUCGCAAAAUAGGACAAUUGUUACUAUCCGGUGAUCACGGGCUAAUUAAAAAUCUGCGUAGAUGUUAAUCUGUAGAUUACGAAGUAGCGAGCCCCCUCUUAUUUGAAAUCGUGGCUUUCACCACGUUUCGUCGAUCUCGAACGCUCUCAUCAAGCCUGUAUAUUGCAAACGACCUAACCGAACGACUAUACAUACACACGAUAUAUCACUAAUCUUAGCAGACGAGACGCGAGACCUUGGAAAAAGGGCGAAACGCGUCCCCUUUUAUCGCGCGUACAUUCUAACGAAAGAGAAUAAGAAAACGAAAGUGGUAGAAAACAGAAACGAAAAGAGGAAAAAGAAUGGUAUGCACUUUGGCGCACAAAAGAAUCAACAUCGUGUUCCUUUUAAUUGUAUACAUACACAUAUGUAUAGACGCGUAUACAUGUAUACACGGAAUAUUUAAUUUUUCUAAUCGAUUCGCGGCUAAUACACACGCAGGAGAUUUGCACGAGACGAAUCGACGAACGCGCAACUUGUUUCGAAAAAAAAACAUGUACAUCGAACAUAUACUCACACUGUCUACACGUACGCAUAUAUAAUACACACAUAUGAACAUGUAGACGUAAUACACACGAAACAUGCGUAUAUACGUGGAUACCACACAUCGAGAAUUGAAGCGAAUCGAAAACAUCGAGAAUGGUCUCGAAUCGAUAUAACGUAUAUCGCAUAUACGCGCGUGAAUUCUCAAAACGCGGCAACGUACGUGCGCGUGUACGCAAAACUGGGUUUUGGCGUUUUGAGUUUCGAGUACGGGAGAUUGCGUGAUAGAGUAACCGAACCUCGCUACUAGCUGUUCCUAAAAUCAACAAUGAUGAAUGAGUGAUAAGCGUGCGCGGAUUAAUUUAAGGAGUGAACUAUAAGAGAUGCAAUUGAGUAUGCGGAAACUAUUAUUACGUUGCGAGAAAUUUUCACCGCCCCAUCGCCGCCCGUCACCUUCCGGUUUCUCUCGUCGAUCGUGCGACAUUUCCUCGCGAGAUCACGCGACCCAAGAACGUUCGACGAUACGUCCUUUCGAUUCCACGAUCGAUUUUUCUAUCCACGGCCUGCUAUAAUCGUCGACGAAGCUCGUACGAAUAGACGCGGCUGCAAAACCGAAGCCAUUGCUUAUAAGAGAAAAAAAAGGAAAGAGAAAAAAGAAGAUAUAUGCGAUCAGUGGAAAAGAAACUAUUCGGAUGAUCAGUUACACGUAUUUACAGGGUCACACGGUCGAUUUUUAAGAAGAUUGAUCGUGGAAUGGGAACGACGUUAAGAUCGAUUCGUUUAAAAAAAAAAAAAAAGAAAAAGAAAAGACGAAAA